AUGCACCACAGAAAGGCAGAUAAUUCGUCGCAGCUUAGCGGAGGGAUCACCGACAAGAUCCAAAGUGCGCUGGGGGGUGGAAGCGAAGCUGAAGAAAAUGAAGCCAUUGAUUUCGUACAACAUCACAUCCUACGUCAAGGAACUCAAUCGCAUGAAUCGAUACUCGAGCAGAUGAAAGACGAGCAAAUUGCCCUAACUAUUCGGGCACAAUACCAGAAUUUGACGGGACGCGAAUUUCCCUUGAAGAAGGGAGAGAAACAUUGGCAUUGA